UCCGGUGGCACAGUCCCCCCAGCUAGCAUCUCCUCCAGUCGGUUCCCAGAGGAGAUGAUGGAUAAACGCGUGUUUAGAUGUGUUGAAUGUAACGAGGGAGCGACGGAGCUGCACCGGGAUUACAGCAACGGCAUCCUGAAGAUCACCAUCUGUGAGUCCUGCCAAAAGCCAGUGGACAAGUACAUCGAGUACGACCCGGUCAUCAUCUUGAUUGAUGCCAUCUUGUGCAAGACGCAGGCGUUCAGACACAUUUUGUUCAACACAAGCUUGGAUAUUCACUGGAAGUUGUGUGUGUUCUGCCUGCUGUGUGAGGCGUACCUCCGGUGGUCUCUGCUCCACGGCUCCGAGCAGAGCAGUGACCCCGCCGACAUCAUACGCUACACCAAGGAGUGGGAGUUCUACCGCCUGUUUGGAUUGGCCGCCCUCGAGCUGUCAGCGUUCUGCGGCAGCGUGCUGCUGUUCCUCUGGGUGGUGGUGGCUCGUCUGCAGGGCGGGAACCUGGAGCUGCGCCUGCUCGUCCGAGCUCUGCUGCUCUCCUGCUACGGGAAGGUCCUCCUCAUCCCUGCCGUCAUCUGGGAGCACGACUUCUCCCCGCUCUGCCUCGGCCUCAUCAAACUGUUUGUGCUCACUUCAAACUCGCAGGCUAUCAGAGUGAUCCUGAACAGCAGCAGACGUCUGUCACUGAUGGCUGUGUGCUUAGGCGUGCUGUCAGAGACCUGCGUGGCUCAGGUCUGUAAAAAGCAUCCAUGGAGCAUCCAGGAGAUGUUGACAGACUUAGACUGAAGUCACUUAUCUCAGGGGAAGGACACGUGAUCGUGGACGUCCACCUGUGACAGAGUGAGGCAGUUUUUGACAAACCUUCAGCAUCGGUUCCUCUGAAGCAGAGACGGAUGCAAAGGCCUUAAUGACGUGGCUACAGGUUGAAACUGCUCAGUCGGAGAUGAAGAGCAGCAGAACAUAUUUAUUUCUCAGGAUACAUGGAUUGCAGAUAUUUAAACCGGCAAGCUGAAAAGGUGCUGAAUCCUUAAUCUUGUUUUUUAAUUUUAGUUUUUCAACUGGACAAUGAAUGAUGUCAAGAUUCCAGUGUGUUUGUUUUGUAUUACUUUAUGUGGACAGCCGUGGGGAGGAGCUACGACAUGAGGAGCAGCCCAUGAUCUACAUUACUGUUAAACAUGCUCUAAUUCCUGGGUCACACAAACACUGAGGUUGCAAAUGGACGAUAACUAGUUCCCUGUGUGGACAGGACGCUCUUCACAUUCUUUAGCUCAUUGGUGAAAUUCUCACAUUCACUCACACACACACACAAGAUAAAUGUUGAUUCACAGGGUUAGUAAAGAAAACCUGUUGACAUUUGUCUUAUUUACUUUUGUAACUGAGCUAAUGAGCCAAAACAAACACUAGAAUGGACACACAACAGCAAGCAAAUAAGAAUUAAGCCAAAAGUGUAAACAUAGGUAAAACCACUCCAAGCGGCACACGCAGCAAAUCCUCACGUUUGACAACUGACUAUAAAUAUUCGAUUACAAUCUUACCAGACGUCUGAUUUACAAUAUUCAUGAUGAAACAUGUUGAUUAGCUUCAAACCUCUCCAGUUCUCCACCCACUGUCCCUGGAAUGUGGAUCACGUGUCUGUCCACAGAACAAAUGUUCAGUCAGUGAAACAAACGUCCGAAGCACAAAGUGUCUGUGGAAUGAGGAGAAUUUACUCACUUCAGCUGGAAUGGGACAGCUGAGCUUGUCUCGACUCCCAGACGUCUCUGCAGGCGUCGUGUUGUUGUGAACUGAGGCACAUGUGACGAGAGGCAGAAUUUCUACCGGACAAGAACAUCUGUUGCUGCUGAUGGAGAUGAUUGAAAGAGACAUUCAGUGGAAUCUGCUGCAGGCAUCGUGAAUGUAUCAUUAACUCUGACACUUUGUCCCAACGACCAAAAACUAAUGCACUGUUCUAUCGCUGCUGUAGAUUGUGAGAGAGUCUUGUCCUUCAUCCCCUGAAGGGACACAGAGAGAAUUAUUACUAAUGACUAUUACCUCACAAUGCUGUUCCUCUUCCCUUCCUUCUGAACCAACGCCUACAGGCCGGAGUGUCAGAGAGUUUAUUUGCAUUCCCUCGCAAUAUGUUUUGCCUUCGCUUUAAUAAUUGUCUUUGUCCUCACCCUCCGAGCUGAAGCGUUUGUAUUUCGGCUCAGCUUCUCCGAGUGCGACGCCCCAGUACGGAUCAGCUAAUUCAAGUUUUAUCUGAACUGGGCAGUUAGUCUGCAGAUGCAGUCUGUGGAGCCCCUGAAGGGUCAAAUGUCUAACUGGGACCCUUCGGUGGUUCAGUGCCCUAAAGUCAGAAAGCUGUGCUGAAAGAAUUACAUCCUCUUAAACUGACUUUUAAAUAAAAGAGGCUGCCAGUCUUUCAGUUCUACAUGUGAAUUAUACCUUAAUAAUAAGGUUGUUUUGCAGAGAACCAGAUCAUUUUGUAUUUUUUUACUUUGUUUUUUCAAAUGUGCAGAGAGAUAUGAUAUUGAAAUAGCUGUGGCUUUCUGUCAAAGACCAGCCCUCGACAUUUGGGUGCGACAUGUGUUCCUGUGAUGAAUUAUGUAAAACCGACUGCACAGUCCGCAGAGAAACGGAUUAAUGUUGCAGCAUGUGCAGCCGGAACCGUCUGUUAUACACUAGAUAUGAAAGGAGAAAAUAAAAUGUUUGCACUUUAACACAGUUGCUCAGGGUUGUGAUGUGAUUUUGUGCAUGUGUGUGUUUGCGUGUGCUGCCUCUGCAUAUGGAUACAUGUUAUUACAGGUCUGUGAAUAGUUGAGGAUACAGCACAUGAACGUGGAAUGUGUCCUCGCCCUGGGUGGAUCUGUAACCGAGUCUCUGUGGAAAUCAACAUCUUCUCAUUGAGGAAAAACAAAGAUCUAAAGCUUGGAUUCAUUAAAUCGAUGCACAAGUGUAAAUAAAACAUGAGAAUUAUG